AUGUGCUCGUCGCGCUAUUUCCUUCGCACCGCCGACAACAGCAAAUGCAGCCAGGUUUCCUCGGCCGGCUUCGAAUCUAGCCGUAGCCCGAAUCGCCCGGCCAGCGCCUUGAUGCGGGUUGUCAGCACAAUGACACUCGACCUCUCAAUCUCUCAAUACGUCCUUUGCCGAGCACAUGCUACACUUCCGUUGGCUCGACUGUGA